GUGGAAAUUACUUGUAAACAUCUGUUAACACAAUAUACAUGUACAACAAAAAGAAGAAACAAACAGCACGGGCCCUGCACACGUUGACAGUGAGUUUUAAUGUUGAGAGUUAUUCGAAGCAGUUGCGUCUACACACAACAAAAACAAUUACGGCGCUCUUUGUUGACCUUUAAUUUAACUUCGUGUGCUGCAGUCGAACGAUUUUUACCAACAUUACAAAAUAAUUAUAAUAAAGUUAAUUACAGGAAAUUACAUAAAAUGCCAGAAAAUAAGCCAAAAGUUGUGUUUGUGCUUGGCGGUCCCGGUGCUGGAAAAGGAACGCAAAGCGCCAAAAUUGUCGAAAAAUUUCAUUUUGUGCAUUUAUCCGCGGGCGAUUUGCUGCGUGAAGAAAGAGUGCGGGAAGGUUCAAAAUUUGGUACUCUUAUAGACGAAUAUAUAAAGAAUGGAGAAAUAGUACCAGUAGAGAUAACAUGUUCGUUAAUUGAAAAUGCAAUGAAUCUAUCGAAAAAAAAUAAGUUCCUAGUUGAUGGUUUUCCGAGGAAUCAGGAUAAUUUAGAUGGCUGGAAUCGACAAAUGGCCGACAAGGUUGAUUUUCAAUUUGUUCUCUUUUUUGAUUGCAGUGAAGAUAUAUGCGUUGACCGCUGUUUGAGCAGAGGACAAAGUGGCUCUGGACGUAGUGAUGAUAAUUUGGAAAGUCUUAAGAAACGCAUUGACACCUAUAAUAACGAUUCGUUACCAAUAAUAAAACAUUUUGAAAAAUUAGGAAAAGUAAAGCAAAUCGAUGCUAGUCCCAACGCAGACGUUGUAUUUCAAAAGGUUAACGAGGUGUUCGUAGAAUCUGGUUUAGCAGAAUUGUAAGGAGUCAAAACGACAUUACAAUACUAUCUGAAUAUAGAAUAAAUAAGCUGCUUAUUGUUUCCUUUGGUGUUCGCUCCGAUGAUUUAAACUGUAUAUGGGAAUAACCAAUCAACUAUAAAUAAUUUAUUAAUAUUCCAAUAAGAAACUAUGUAUUUUAAAUUGAAAUAAA